UUUGGCUACCUCAGUUUGGGUGACACAGCACAACAACUUGCGGAUCCAUCAUAUUUCUAUGCCAACAAUCCACAGUUGCUGAAAAAUUUUGGAUCGCUUCCAACUGCUGGACCCAAGCGCAGUGGUCCCCGUUUUGGACGCUACUCUAGCGCAGAUCCCGGAGUAAAUGCUGUGAACGGAUAUUCUGUGGUCAAUCACUGGGGGCUGGUGAAUAAACUGGAAAAUGUUGGUCUGUUCGGUACACCGCCUCCUAUUCAGGGAAAUGGGUUUGCAAAGCAAAAUUACAAAUCUUGUCGAAAGUCCUACAAUGAACAGCAAACUUGGCCCCAACAGACAUCGAAAAAAUUGGAACAAGAGUUGUUUGGAAAGCCAAAACGUGGUCUCAAUUUCCAGCUUUACGAUAGCAUCCCGGUGACUCAAUCAGGACCGAAUUGGACUCCUGUCAAGCCCAUUACAUCUUUUACUGAAGUUGAGUUACAUCAGAUCAUAAAAGACAAUAUAGAACGUGCUCAGUACAUCCAUCCAACUCCGGCACAGAAAUACGCCUUGCCUAUUAUCGCAGCCAAGCGUGAUUUGAUGGCAUGCGCUCAAACCGGAUCUGGUAAAACGGCGGCCUUCCUGUUGCCGAUUCUAAACCGGUUGCUGAAAACAGGUCAUGAUGAUGAACAACCUCCACAGUCCGUCACUGGUGAGGCUUCACCGACUGCUUUAGUGCUUGCACCUACUCGGGAGUUAUCGUGCCAGAUCUACGACGAGGCACGUAAAUUUUCAUAUCGAUCAGAGGUGCGUCCGUGUGUUGUGUAUGGUGGUGCUUCCAUCAUGGCCCAAGUGCGUGAGCUAUCGCACGGUUGCAACAUUUUGGCUGCUACCCCAGGCCGAUUAGUUGAUAUGAUUAGUCGGGGUAAAGUCAGCUUGGAGCAUGUCAAGUAUCUUGUCCUUGAUGAGGCUGAUCGGAUGUUGGAUAUGGGGUUUGAACCUCAAAUAAGACGUAUUGUAGAACAGCAUCGAAUGCCCCCUGCUGGACAGCGACAAACCUUGAUGUUUUCGGCAACAUUUCCCAAAGAAAUUCAAAUAGCGAUAGAUCAGCAGUCCUCGAGCUGUUUUCGAAGUGCACCGCCUAAUUCUAUUUCAUCUAUACAUUUUGUAGCGGACCCAGAAGGUCUUGUUUUGGUGUUCGUGGAAACCAAACGAGGUGCAGACGCUCUGGCUCACUAUCUUAGUCAGUUGAACUUCCCCGUGGCUUCAAUCCAUGGUGAUAGACCACAGUCAGAUCGAGAACGGGCAUUAUCUUCAUUCCGUGAAGGACAUACACCGAUUUUGAUUGCUACUGCGGUUGCUGCCCGGGGACUGGAUAUACCGAAUGUGAAGCAUGUGAUCAAUUUUGAUCUACCUUCUGAUAUUGAGGAGUAUGUGCAUCGAAUCGGUCGCACUGGGCGAAUGGGUCAACCUGGAUCAGCCACUUCAUUUUUUUCCGAGCGUAAUCAGAACGUGGUUCGAGAUCUCGUGGAAUUAUUGCGUGAAUCGAAACAAUCUGUUCCGCCUUGGCUCGAAGCUCGGCUGACUUAUUCCAGUGGGGACAGCCGGCGUAGUAAGAACAACAGUGCCUCCAACAGACGCCGUCCAAACUACGGUUCUUUUGAUUGCCGGCAACACGGAAAUCGGGGGAGUAGCUACGUCAGCACAGUUCCAAUGACCAACAACAGCAACUUGGCUAACGGUGGUUUUGGUCUUCUGGCAAAGCCGCAACAGUCUAAUCGACUGAUGUAUCGAGGUGGACAUAGCUUCAUUGGACGCGGAGGGCCAUUCACUGGAGUCGAUCAGCAAGUUCCACCAGGUAUGCCUCCUCCAAUGCCCUUGUUUCAGGCACAACCAAGGCCUCAACAUUCUCAUCCAACUGCCCUGUUGCCACCGGGGACGCCGUCUGCUGCUGCAAUGCAUCAGUUUCUAGCGGCCGCAGCGGCAGCAGGUUUACAUCCGGCUGCUGCUCCGAAUGCCGGUGGCAAUGCCAACGGACCAACAGGUGGUACCAUGUCUGCUGUCUCUACAGGGGGCUAUAGUGCUCACUUGCCUCCAGGUACUGGAGCCCCGUUCCCCGGAGCGACUUAUCAGGCAUUUCACCCUGCCUCCAUGUUCUCUACUCCAAAUUCAGUUUCGGCCCACCACACGAUCUCGUCUCAUGGUCGCGAUGGUACCGCAACUACCGUGGUUUUCCCACCUCCGACCGGUCUUUUCCACACCGGGGGCUCAGGUGCUCUUGCCGGAACCACACCCACUUUCAGCUCUGCUAAUUCGGCCGCUGGACAUCAGGCUCUGCAGCAACAACAGCAACAGCAAGCAACUUUGAUCCCAAGCAAUUUCGCUAUGUCUUACUACGGUCAACCGCGGACAUACGGCGCUGGAUCAACUGCUCCUCAACGACAAUCGCCACAUCAACAACAACAAGCGGCUAUGGCUGCGGCAAUGGUUGCAGCUAUGUCAAAUGGUGCGCAAGCAACCGUUCCUGGUCCGGAUCCUAAUACUUCAAUAUCCUCACCAGUCAACAACGCGCAACCCGUGCAAAACGAUAAUUCGUUCGCCAUUGAUUCAGGCACUGCCUCCAGCCCACCUGCUACCGGUUCCGUUAAAACCGGUCCCGUGAUUCAACCAGUUUACCGAGGCAAUGGAGUUGGUGACUGGUGGCCCACAGUCGCGGCUAGCUGA